AGUUGGGGGUGGUUCUUCGGAGCUGGGAGGGAGGAGUCGAGCAGACCCGGGCUUGGGGGGUGACCAUGGGUGGUUGAGGGGUGCCGAGUUCCGAGGCGGCCCAUGCUGGCGGCCAUGGCCGAGGAUUACUGGGACUCGCAAUAGCAGUAACCGCCGCCAAGCAGUGACUCCAGCCCCUUCCCCAUCAUGGAUCGGAUGAAGAAGAUCAAGAGGCAGCUGUCCAUGACGCUGCGGGGGAGCCGAACUGUAGAGAAAAACCUCAAUGAACCCAUUAAUAUAGAGGAAAACAACAGCAGCGAUAAUGGCCCCACAGUGAAGAGUGUGCAUCCCAGCACCUCCCGCAGCCUUCACGCCUUCCUGCACCACUACGCAGGCUCCUUCCGCAGGCCCCGUCUGGCCGUCAGCCGCAGCCUGAGCUCUCACCUCGGCCGUACCUCCCGAUUAGAAAUUGUUCAUGAGGACCUCAAAAUGGGUUCGGAUGGUGAGAGUGAUCAGGCAUCAGGAACAUCAUCAGAUGAGGUGCAGUCUCCAGUCCGAGUGCGCAUGCGGAACAACCCGGCGCGCAAGAUUUCCACUGAGGAUAUUAACAAGCGCCUGUCACUCCCAGCUGACAUCCGUCUGCCCGAAGGCUAUCUGGAGAAGCUGACCCUCAACAGUCCUCUCUUUGACAAGCCCUUGAGCAGGCGGUUACGCAGAGUCUCUUUGUCGGAGAUUGGCUUUGGGAAGCUGGAGACGUACGUGAAGUUAGACAAAUUGGGAGAGUUUCGCUUCUAAAAGAUUUGAAACAUGCCAAUAUAGUGACCCUGCAUGAUAUCAUCCACACAGAGAAAUCCCUGACUCUUGUCUUCGAGUAUUUAGAUAAAGACCUCAAACAGUAUCUAGAUGAUUGUGGGAACGUAAUAAAUAUGCACAAUGUGAAGUUGUUUCUGUUCCAGCUGCUACGUGGCCUAGCCUACUGUCACCGUCAGAAGGUGCUGCAUCGAGACUUGAAGCCCCAGAAUUUGCUUAUUAACGAGAGAGGGGAGCUCAAACUAGCAGAUUUUGGAUUAGCCCGGGCAAAAUCUAUCCCCACCAAGACCUACUCCAACGAGGUGGUAACACUUUGGUACCGACCGCCUGAUAUUCUGCUGGGCUCGACAGAAUAUUCCACCCAGAUUGACAUGUG